CAUUCACAGGCACUGAUCAAAAUGAUUAUAGCACUGACUGAAUACUGCGCUCAUUGACUGGAAAUCUUAUUUUAUUACUCAAACAUUAUAUUAACCCUAUUUUAACAUUGUAAUAUGCUCGGCUGAUAAUAACUGCAUGUCUAUAAUAAACGGUCCGUUUUUCUGUCUAUGAUCUCAUCUCUGCCUGGAUGAUAGGAGGAGAGAGAGGGGCGACGUCAACACAUUAGACAGAACACUCUUCAGUAAAUCUACGGUUCUCUUGUUGCUGUCUUCGCAAAAGUGAUAAUCUGAAAUGGCGACCAUUGUAAAGAGGCCGUCCCUGGGUCCGGUCCCUCCCCCCAGGAAGAAGUCCAGCCCAAAGUCGGAGGUCACUGAGGAGCUGAAACAGGAGAUCAGAGAGGCCUUUGAACUUUUUGACACCGACGCCUCCGGACACAUUGACGUCAAGGAGCUAAAGGUUGCUAUGAGGGCGCUGGGGUUUGAGCCUAAGAAAGAGGAGAUUAAGAGGAUGAUAACAGAGGUGGAUAAGGACGGAACAGGAAAGAUCUCCUUCUCUGAUUUCCUCACCGUCAUGACUCAGAAGAUGACUGAGAAGGAUUCUAAGGAGGAGAUCCUGAAAGCAUUCCGUCUGUUUGAUGAUGAUGAAACUGGGAAGAUCUCCUUCAGGAACCUGAAGAGGGUCGCCAAGGAACUAGGAGAGAACCUGACUGACGAGGAACUGCAGGAGAUGAUCGAGGAGGCAGACAGGGAUGGAGACGGGGAGGUGAACCAGGGAGAGUUCCUCCGCAUCAUGAAGAAGACCAGCCUGUACUAGUCUGAGACUGGACCAGGGAGUUGUGGGGUAGAGGGUGGAGGGGUUAGAAGACCAGCCGGUACUGAGACUGGACCAGGGUGUUGUGGGGUAGAGGGUGGAGGGGUUAGAAGACCAGCCGGUACUGAGACUGGACCAGGGUGUUGUGGGGUAGAGGGUGGAGGGGUUAGAAGACCAGCCGGUACUGAGACUGGACCAGGGUGUUGUGGGGUAGAGGGUGGAGGGGUUAGAAGACCAGCCGGCACUGAGACUGGCUGGACCAGGGAGUUGUGGGGUAGAGGGUGGAGGGGUUAGAAGACCAGCCGGUACUGAGACUGGACCAGGGAGUUGUGGGGUAGAGGGUGGAGGGGUUAGAAGACCAGCCGGCACUGAGACUGGCUGGACCAGGGAGUUGUGGGGUAGAGGGUGGAGGGGUUAGAAGACCAGCCGGUACUGAGACUGGACCAGGGAGUUGUGGGGUAGAGGGUGGAGGGGUUAGAAGACCAGCCGGCACUGAGACUGGCUGGACCAGGGAGUUGUGGGGUAGAGGGUGGUGUUGAGGACAUACUGUGGGUUGGUUUUACAUGUUAUGUACUAGUCAAGUCAUUACUCAGUUAUCCUGUCCUAGUUUAAUUAGACAACUUCCUUUCCUCGUCUCCUUCCUUACCUCCUUACUGUCAUGACCACUCAUCAGUGAGAAAAUACUAUUUAUCUGUCUCUUAGUUAGAAUGCUGGUAGAGUCCCACAACAGUGCUUUCAUCUAUCAAUAACCUGUUUCACCUUUCAUAUCUGUUAUCGUGAAGGUAAAUGGGACAAGGACAGGAAGCUGUUUAAGACGACUAGGAUCCGAUACUGCACACAGAAAGAAGCCAAACAAUCAUUUCCAUUCCAGAACCUCUACUCUUCUCUCCUUCAUAUAGAUAGCUUGAUGUGACAUUAAGGAAUUGCCUAAAAGAAUCGCCUUGCUCAAACUGAUCCCCUUAAACAAAUCUGUCUUUGUGCCUGAGUCUCUACCAGAGGGGAUGAAUCAUCAGUUUCAGGGAAGACCCCACCUUCUCUACCCCUGGUCAGCCCCUCCCCUCCAACACCCACCUUAACACACCUUACAUCUAUUUGAACUCUAAUCUAAAGUGAAAGUUGACUGUAUGUUUCUUACUGUUAUUGUUGUAUUUUUGUCUCUUUGAAUUAUCUACUGUAUGAUCUCCUGUAUUGAAUGUUUUGUACAUAUAAACUGCAUGUGCAGAUCUAUAUCGAUAUUUAAGAUAUGGAUUAAUUAAAUACUUUAAAGCAGUU